CUUGUCCCUAUGAAGUUUUUUAUGUAGCAAAUGGUUUGCUACAGUAAUAUCAGUGUGGAUGUUUCCAGUGGCCUUUACCCAUGUACACCCUGCAUCUUUAGUUUGGUUUCUGAGAAGACGGAACUGUAUCUCCCAUGUAAAUAAUGUUGUUAAGGAUAGAGUCUAUAACUGCACUUUCUCUGCUCUGCAGCGCUACAGCCCACUAUCCUUAGCCUCAGAAAAGAGACUUCAAAUUUUAGUAAAUAAAAUUCACCCAGAGUAUGGCACACUAAACUUUGUGGGAUGCCAGUCUUCCUUUAAGUCAACUACUUCUGUUAACCCCUACACUAUUUGUAUGUAUUCAACAAUUCGGCAACUAUCAAUGAAGGACCAGAGCAGCCAGCCCACGAUGUGUAAACCUAAAGCACCAUCGUCCACUGUGGAGGCAAACACAGCCAUCGUGGGCAUGUGGUCAGUCACCCUUGGAGCUGUGGGUGCUGCCAUUGUAGGCAUAAUUCUGGCCAACACCGAUUUUUUCUUGACUAAGCCUGAGUUUGCCACUGUUGAGUAUCUGGAGAAUGUUGAUCUCAUAACCACAGAUGGAAAUGAGAAGGUAUUUAAAGCUCGAACUCUGUGGGAGACAUCUGGAGCAGUGAUCAUGGCUGUACGGCGGCCUGGAUGAUUUUUGUGCAGAGAGGAAGCUGCCGAGCUAUCCUCUCUGAAGCCCCAGCUGGACAAGCUUGGGGUACCUUUGUAUGCUGUGGUCAAAGAAAACAUUGGUACCGAGGUACAGGAUUUCAAACCACACUUUGCUGGAGAUGUCUUCCUGGAUGAGAAGCAAGUGUUCUAUGGUCCUACGCUGAGGAAAAUGGGUGGUCUUGGAUUCAUUCGUCUGGGAGUUUGGCAGAACUUCAUAAGGGCCUGGAGGUCAGGUUACCAAGGAAACAUGAAUGGAGAGGGCUUUAUCCUGGGUGGGGUGUUUGUCAUUGGAUCUGGCAAGCAGGGAGUUCUUCUGGAACAUCGGGAGAAGGAAUUUGGAGACAAAGUCAGUUAUGAGUCUGUUUUGGAGGCAGCUAAGAAAAUAGUUCAGAAAUAGAUUUGAUGUUUUUUGUGUGCUUAUAAAUGCUUCCCUAGGAAUUAUUUAUAGUUAAUAAACAGGUUGCUAAUACAGAACAAAACACUAAUCAAUCAUGGUAGUAUUUUUUUUAGAAACAUCUUUUUUUUUUUUUCCCAUUGCUUCAUCUGAUGCUGUGAAUGCACAGGAAAAGAGUUUCUGCUGAACUGACACGAGAGUAUCUUACAGACAAAAAAAGUACAAAGUGUGUCAGUAAUGGUGUUUACGAUUGCAUCAUUUGCAUCAUUCAGGUACAUAGUUCUGGAAAUUUGUGCACUGUUGUUUUGCACUUUAGAAGCUGCUCAAUGUCCGCUGUGUGACUGUGGCUUGGUUUGUGUGUUUUUAAUGAAGGUCUGACUCCAAACUCCUUAGUGAACGAGCAGACUUGAAGCUUAACAUACUUUCCUGCUCACCAGCUUUUCAUUAGUGGACAUCCAAAGAUUCUGAAACAAGUGGAAUGUGCUAUACAAUAAAAACAGCAGUCAUGAAAAA